AUGAAAAUUGAUAUGGAAUUCUUAAUACUGUUAUUAAAUAGUGGCCUAAUAUUACUUUUUGGUGCGGCAGAUAUAAUUUAUGACCCAGAUUUGGCACAUAUAGGCUAUAUAAAAAUAGCAUCUAAAAACCGUUUACCAACUCAUAUAUCUCCGGAAUGGUAUAAAAUCGAUUUACAUAUACAUGCUACGGAUAGAAAUCUUCCUUCUAGAGGCCGAUGUUCAAUCGACAUUAAAGUUCACAAUCGAACGAGAAACAUAACUCUUCACGCGGAUAUAUCAUAUUUACAGGAAUUAGAGUUUCAUGGAAUAACAACUUUAUUUAAACCAUAUGUGCGGACGUUAAAACCAAACUUCACUACAUACAGUGAUGAAUAUAAUACCUGGAUCUAUUACUUCGUUGAAGUAAUACAUCCUGGUUCAUACAGACUAGAUUUCACAUUUGAGUUGACUAAUGUAGACAAUGAAGGAAUUUUCAGAACAUCAUUUAUAAAUGAUAAAGGAAAUACAACAUGGUUAGCAGCAUUAGAUUUUCUGCCAAUUGGGGCCCGACGAGUGUUUCCUUGUUGGGAUGAACCAGGAUUUCCGGCGAUUUUUGAUAUUUAUAUAAAAUAUAAUUAUGUGGAUUACAUAAUUUUGUCGAAUAUGCCACUUCUAACUGAAAUUGAAUAUGUACUUGAUAUUAGCGAAACGGUGCGUUUUUAUUCGACUCCUGAAAUCCCAAUACAUCACAUCUCAGCAAUACUGUUAUCGCAUUUUACCACAACGAAAAUACCGUUGCUUGAAGAUAAUAUUGAUUUAAACAUCAGAUACAGACAGCAAUUAAAAAUGAAUUAUAUCUCAUUUGCAAAUAAUGUUAUUGAUCUAACCACAUCAUAUUUAAUAUCGCUACACGAUCUCGAGAAUACGACAGGUAUAACUAAUGUAAUAAUCCCAGGUUAUUACCGACACGAUGCCGUUUCAAAAUUAGGACUCAUUUAUUAUAGAGAAGCAGCUGUUAUAUUUGAUGAAAAAAAUGAUCCGAAAAUGCGUCAACUAGAAAUUGCCCUUUUAAUUGGACGUUCAAUAACAUAUCAAUUCUUUAGAAAUUGUAUCAGUAACUCUUGGUCUUACAUGUGGUUAAACCAUGGUCUUACAACAUUGCUCGCGUUGGAUGCAAUUGAUGAGAAUUUCCCAGAAUUCCAUAUAAAAGACUUGUUUGUCGUUCAAACUCUGCAAGAAUCUCUUCGUUUCGAUGAUGAUUUUAUUAUGAAACCUCUUAUAUCAGAUAUGAAAAGUCCUGAAACAGAACUUCUCUCUGCGUCUUAUUAUUUGAAAGCACCAUCUAUAUUGCGAAUGUUACAACAUAUGCUUUCAAGUUAUGUGUUUGAGAAAGGUAUCAAGAUAUAUUUAAGCCGAAAUCCCGUUCUAGAAGAGCCAAUUGAUUCUUUCUGGACUGCUAUGCAAAGUGUUUAUGAUGCUUCUGCAUUAAACCACCGUAUAUAUGAAUCAAGCGUAAAGCAGUUAAUGGAUGCUUGGACAAAGCAACAGCACUAUCCUAUAGUGGAAGUUACAUUCGAUUCUCAUGUGACAGUAUCUGCAGAAAAUAUGAAUUCUACUAAUGAGGAAAAGUGGUGGAUACCUUACACCACAGUUACGAAUAGAAAUGAUAAACCUGAUUUUUCCUUAUUAUUAAUACACUUUGAUUUGCGGUUCCUUUCAGUAGGAGACGACAUAUUCUUACCUGAUAAGGUUGAAACUAACUGGACUAUAAUUAAUGUACAACAAAUAGGAUAUUAUCGUGUCUUUUAUGAUGAAUCUAUUUUGAAUCUAAUCAGGGAAUACUUAUUUAUGCAUGAACAUAUAAAUAAAAUACAUGUUCUGAACCGUGCUCAAAUUAUCGAUGACGCAUUUUACUUUUUUAUGAAAAAUAAAAUUAGUUUGCGUGCAUUCUUGGAACUUACGGAAUAUCUUCGGAAAGAGAAAAAUUUUAUAGCAUGGUAUCCUAUGUUUAAAAGUCUUGAAUACAUGUCGACUUUCUUUCAUUAUCGGCAUAGUUCAUAUAUGAAGACAAGUAUGAUGAGAACAGUAAAUGAUCUUUUUGUUCUAAUAAAUGAUGAUUCGAGUUUCAGUUUAAAUUAUUUAAAAGAUAGUUUAAAAGAAGAGAUUUCAAGAUGGGCAUGUGUUCUUGGUUCUUCCGAAUGCAAGGCAGAAGCUAACUCUAAAUUAAAAACACAUUUAAAAGAAAAAAAUAUUAUUUUGCCUUGGUGGAAGAAAUGGACAUAUUGUAAUGGUUUAAUGAUAGCAGAUAAUAAUACAUGGUUUUCAGCGCUACUCCAUAUAGAUUAUACUGAAAGAUCUAAUUAUAAAAUAUUUGAAUACCUAACUUGCUCCGAAAAUUUUCUUUUUAUUCGUCAUUAUAUAGAUUUCAUAGAAUCAAAAAUGACUGUGACUGUAGCGUUAAUAGAUAUUAUUAAUCACGUGUAUACCGAGGAACAAUUGAAUAAGAUUACUGAAUUUAUACAGACAUUAAACAUUCUAAAAUAUACGACUGACAAUUCUAUAUUUAAGCAUCCGCUUAUGGAUUAUAAACUAUACGAAAAGAUAAGGGCAUGUGUGUCAAUACCUGAAUUACCACAACUAUUAAUUUUUAUGAAAGUUAAUUAUUUCAUUAAACGCCUAACAUUACGCCGAUCUCAAAUAAUUCAACAAGAAGAACGUUUACAGUUUACUUAA